UCCUACUCCUCCUCCUCUUCACUGCAGAGAGGGAGGUGGGCCGGAGGGGGCGUAGCUUCUUGCAUCAACAAUGGUGGAUAGUGACGAUAGUUUUGAGUGGGAAAGUGAUGGUGAGGCCGAACCCUCAUCAGCCCCGGCCUCGAGGAACAUGGACGCUGCUGGUCUGUCAACAUUGGAUCCUAAUGGGCGGGCCAACGGGGAAGCACCACCUAAUUCCUUAGUCGAGGGAUAUGUGGGAAUGGGUUUCAAAAGAGAGAUGGUCGUGAAGGGCAUUGAAGAGAUUGGGCACAAUGAUUCAAAUGCAUUGCUUGAGCUACUUCUCACAUAUAAGACACUAGGCGAUGAGGCUGCGGGCAAUUGCUCUACUUCUGGGCUCAUCCCCCGUAGCACUGAAGAUGACGAUGAUUUUGAUUUUGAAAACUGGGAUGGAGACGACAAUGCUGAUGGGAGAGAACCCAACUCCAAUGGUUCUGGUCAUGAGGAUUUUCUACGAGAGAUGUCAGAGAAGGACAACAAGAUCAAGUCCUUAGUAGACAUGGGUUUUCCUGAAGAUGAAGCAAAUAGGGCUAUUACCAUAUGUGGUGUGGAUGCUGCUCUUUCUGUAUUAGUCGAUUCGAUCUAUGCAGCCCAAGCUGCAGGAAAUUGUAGUUAUAUGAAUCCAUCUGAAUAUGAGGUUACCGAUAGGGGCUUUGAUUCCUUUGGAGGGAGAAAGAAAGCAAGACUGAUGGAAGAUAGCAAGAAAAAGAUGAAACGUUAUGGAGGUGGAGCACAAGGAAGCCGCCCCCCCUUGGAUGGUUACCAUGGUGAACGAAUGCCUCUCCCACAUCCGAUGGUUGGAUUCAACCUACCUACUGAUAGGUUACGGUCAGUGACAAGAAGUCUUCCUAAACAAGCUAUUGGGCCACCUUAUUUCUACUAUGAAAAUAUGGCUCGAGCUCCAAAAAGUGUAUGGAUGGAAAUUUCCAGAUCCCUGUAUGACAUAGAGCCUGAGUUUGUGGAUUCUAAGUAUUUCUGUGCAGCUGCUCGGGAAAGAGGCUAUGUCCAUAAUUUGCCAAUUGAGAAAAGGUCACCUCUCCGUCCUCUCCCUCCAAAGACCAUAUUUGAGGCCUUUCCUCAUUAUGAGAAGUGGUGGCCUGCCUGGGACCACAGAGAGCAGCUCAAUUGCUUUGAGACUCGUGUGGCAAGUCCAAAUCAAAUAAAACAGAUCGAAUGUGCUCUUGCAAGGACAAGUAAUCCACCACCUAUAACAGUUCAGAGGUAUGUAAUGGACCAGUGCAGAGAAUGGAACCUUGUUUGGGUUGGAAAGAACAAGGUUGCCCCUCUAGAGCAAGAUGAGAUGGAAUAUUUACACGGUUUUCCAAGAAACCAUACGCGGGGAGUCGCCAAUACAAAGAGGUACAAAUGUCUUGGCGAUUCUUUCCAAGUUGAUACUGUGGGCUACCACUUAUCGGUGUUGAAGGACAUGUUUCCCAAUGGUGUUAAUGUGUUGUCCUUAUUCACCGGCAUUGGAGGAGGAGAGGUAGCCUUGCAUAGGCUUGGAAUCCACAUGAAGACACUGAUAUCUGUUGAGAUAAAUGAAGAUAAUAGGAGGAUUCUAAAGGGUUGGUGGGACCAGACACAAACUGGCACGCUAAUUGAGAUUGCUGACGUGAAGUCUCUCACUAAUGAUAGAGUUGAAUCAUUUAUUAGAAGAUUUGGUCGCUUUGACUUAGUGAUUGGGGGCUUAGAGGGCGAGCAACCUGCUUUGUUCUACCACUAUUCUAGAAUCUUGAAAGCCGCCAAGUCGGCUACGACAAGGAUUUAGCCGAAGCUAUUACUGGUGAUCAGUCAAAAAGAUCUUGUUUCCUGGAUCAGUUGCUGUCAUCAUGUGAGCCCCAGAGGACAUCAGUUUGGAAAGAAGUUUCUUCCUGUUUCAUGUCACUUCUUGGAUAUCUGGAUGCAAAGCCAACUACUGCUUGGAGCAACAAUUACCACUGUAAACAGAAAGCUGAAAGCUUCAGGACACAUGGUAUUCAUGUAGGCAGCAUAUGAUGGUGACUGUUCUUCUGUGAUUCUGACAAGUCGUCUUUGCACUUUUUGGACUAUAAGGUUGAUAACUUGUUCCUCUGUACUUCCAGUGAAAAGUGAGGAGGAUGACCAAGUAGAUAGACUAGUUAAUACGAUAGCUAAUGGUAGUGUGGAUCAUUGCUGGAUACCAUAUUUUGGAUCAAUCCUGGACUAUUAUUGCCUUUUUCCACACUACUUGAUAAUAGACUGAAGAUCCUAUUUGACAUGUUCCAGGAAUUUUAGCUAUACAUUUUC